GCGCAUGCGCCAUGACGAAACCAAAAAUAAGGAAGUUGAUGUAGUUUUUAUUAGGUGUAAACAAUGCAGAUGUGGCGCCGCUGACAGUAUUCCGAGCUACAUGGACACAUUUGUGCUGUUUGCACACACCUUAGAUAACGCUUCUAUGCCAUAGUGAUGACAACUAGAAGCAACAUGCUCACUGCUGGAAUAUCUAACAAUAAGGUCAAAUACUCACGGCUGGCUGCUGAUGAUGAUGGUUACAUAGACUUACAGUUCAAGAAACCCCCUCCAAAGAUCCCAUACAAGGCGAUUGCACUGGCAAUAUUCCUGUUUCUGAUUGGCUCCUUACUAAUUAUCUUUGGGGCCCUUCUUUUGGCAGAAAUCAUACCGGUUGAGCAUCCCGACCGCACUAUUCCCGUCAUCAUCAUAGGGAUACUCGUUUUUCUUCCGGGAUUUUACCAUUUGAGAAUCGCCUACUAUGCUGCAAAGGGUUACCGGGGUUACUCCUAUGAUGACAUCCCAGACUUUGGCGACUGAACCAAAUACCAUCCAAUCAUCCCCUAUUUUUCCUCACUGUGUAUCUUGGUGCCUGCUGUUUUCUGUCUGAAUGUAUGUAUCAAAAAGUAAAACCAUAUAAUUUUAGGAUAGAUACCUGUAUUUGUCUGGGUGGGCUUACUGAAAGAUUUAUGGUGUGUGUGUGUGUGUGUGUGUUUGUUUGUUUGUUUGUUUGUUUUUUUUCUCCUGACUUUUUUCCUAAAAUGUGGCUUGUGUGUUCACAUAUCUGCCAAAGCUCUACAGAAGUUAGAGACUUUACAUAUAUAUGCAGCUUUAUUAACAUUAAAACACUCAGUGACUGGUGGAUAUCAGUCCAUCUGCUUACCUGAAACAGCACAUCAGUGUGUUCGCUGUUACGCACCUCACUACAUACAGUAAGAAAUGAUCAGUGAAUAGAGAUUUUGACAGAUGCCUUUAAUUUACUACUUCUAGAGUGCACGAGAAUCUGUGUGAUUUUUGUAUAGUACUUUAAUGAUGUACAAAUAGACAUCUUAUAUUUUAAAUUUGUGGCUUCAUGAUGUGUUACAUCGUAAAAGACGAUGGGAACUUGCAUGUCUCCUAAAGAUUGUAUUUGCAUUGCUAUCAAGAUUUAUUACUUUAAUGAUGUAAAAUAUAUUUUUAAACAAAAAAGUAUCACUUCCCUUAUAAAGUAUUGCCUUUUGUGUACAUCUGCUUGGUUUUGAAUAUUUACCAAAAUGUUAUUUUGCAUACACUUGCUGGAGUUAAAAAAAUAUUAAUAACAAUAAAAAUGAGACUACAAAUCAAAA